AAUUGAAAUUAAAUCUCUCACUCGCUAUUUUUUUUAUUCUUGGUCGCUGCGUGGGAGAUCUAACAACAUCCCAUUUGACAGGGCGUCAGAGCUCAAAAUUUGAAUAAAUUUGCCACCUUUUUCUGACCAAUGAAAAUCGUUUCCGAGAUUUCUUUCAAUCCAAUCAGCGAUCGUUUUAUUACUGAUGUUCGGCUCGGCAUACAAAAUGGCGACGUCCAGUGAUUCGAGUGAAAUAAAUGAAGCGAUAAUUAAAAUUCUUCCUCAGUUCGGAGUUAAGGAGUUAAAAGCAGAACAAAUGAAAAUUUUGAAAUGUAUGAUAUCGAGAGAUGAUUGCUUGGCCGUUUUACCAACAGGAUUCGGCAAAUCCUUGCCUUUUCAAAUGUGUAUUCCUGUACAACGUGAAUUGCAUAUUAAUGACAUUGGUAAAAUAAUAGUGUGCUGCCCGCUAGUUUCAAUCAUGAAGGACCAGGUUGAAAGACUCCAGAAGAUACCAAAUCUUAAAGCAGUGUAUAUAGGCUCAAGUUCUGAUAUCAGUGAGGACAUGAAGGAUGUAAACAUCAUCUAUGCAUCUCCUGAGACACUGGUUGGAGAUCCUAUCUGCAGAGAAGUCUUAAAGACUUUACAUGUGUCCACAAUUGUCAUUGAUGAGUUUCACACUAUUGCAACUUGGGGAGAAGAUAUUGAUGGGAAACCAGCAUUCAGAAAAUGGUUCCAGCACAUAGGAGAAAUUAGAUCCAUAUGUCCCACUGCCAGUGUUCUCGCAUUAAGUGCAACAUGUACAUUAAAAAUAAGAAAGCGUGUAAUGAAUGCCCUAAACCUAAGCCCAGAUGUGACUGACAUUACAAUGUCACCCAACAAGGAAAACAUUAAGAUUGUGGUCAAUAAAGUUAACACUGAACUGGAGAUAGCUAUGUGCUGGCUUAUAGAUGGCUUGCAUAAAGAGAAGGAAAAUUUUCCUAAAACAUUAAUUUAUUGUACAUCAAUUAUAGACGUUUCUAAAAUGUAUAAAUAUAUGUCAAAUGAACUCCCUAGUUAUAUUGGAUACAUUGAUAUGUAUCAUUCAGAGAGUACAACAUCAAGAAAAGACAAGAUUUUAACGGAACUUAAAAAGCCAGAUAGUUCUUUACGAAUUAUCGUAGCCACCUCAGCACUGGGCAUGGGUGUUGACAUCUGUGACUGCCAAAACAUUAUUUUGUAUGGUGCACCGAAAACCACACUUGAUCUUAUUCAACAGAUGGGUAGAGCUGGAAGAAAUGCUAAACCUUCUUUGGGACUAAUUCUGUACAAUUCUUACAACAGUAGGCAUGUUGAUGUAGACGUUAAACAAGUGUACAGCAGUAAAGAUUGCCGCAGAACAGCUUUACUUCAACCUUUCUUAAAGAAAUCCGACAUGGAUAAAUUGAGAAGUGUAGAAACCAGCCACACAUGUUGUGAUCUUUGUGCUUUAAAAUGUAGUUGUGGAAUAUGUGAAUCUUUACCACUUGAAAUAAUGUUCACAGACACAUCAAAUAUAAGUGAAAGUGAAUCUGAUUCCAACACAGAAAGUUAUGACUGGGCUGAGUAUGAAGCUGAACUAAUGGGACUACCAGAUCUAGACAUUUGUGAUGAUUAAAAAAGAAUAUGAAUUGACAAAAGUAGUAAAUAAAUCAUGUAAAUAAAGCCAUUUUUUUCCAAAGUUAA